CAUAAAUCUCCGAUCCACACAGCUGAACAUCGCUUAAGACGAAGAUGGAGUGUGGCUUACAGUUCUCGCUUUUGUUGCUCGCUAUCUAUGCAGUAUGUGCCUAUGACAACCAACAAGCGGUACAACAUGAUAACCAGCAGUUUGCACAAACCCGAGGAGAAAGAGAAAGUCGGCCGGUUUUCAUGGGGUUACCUGCGUAUAGCAUACGGCGUGACGAAAGAUCGCCAAAUGCUCGGCCAGUCUAUAUGGGUCUUCCUAUGUAUAACAGAAAUACCGAUGACACAAGGCAUAACAAAGAAACCCGGUCAGAGGAACGAGAAGCAUCUCCCAGCAAACCUGUGUUCAUGGGCGUGCCUCUAUUUAGCAGACGUUCGAAUCAAGACGGCGAAGCACCAAGUGGUUCAAGCGCUAGUAGUCUUGGGCGUCGUAUUUUCUUAGGAAUGCCGAUAUUUAAUCGACGUAGGCGUUCUGCUACAAACGAAGACGGAGAUAUUGAUUUGGAGCGGUUCGCUCGAUCCGCAGAUGAACAAAAAGAUUACAUUUUGUCUGGAAAAAGCCAAGAAGAUGUAUUCGAAAAUGAAAUCAGUGACGACGAGGAGAGCGACAACAGCGUUAGAUCUAGCGAACCUGGGAAACAAGUAUUCGUUGGCCUACCGACCUUCCGUAAAAAGUCAGAUGAACUCUCUCGUUCAGCCUUCGCGGGGAAAGCUGUUUACAUGGGGUUCCCAGAUUUCGGGAAGAGACCGGACGAUAUGUCACGUUCCGCCGACCCGGGAAAGUCUGUUUUCGUCGGAAUGCCGACAUUCGGUAAAAAAUCCGGUGAAGCCGAUGCGGGAAAAUCUGUCUUUAUGGGUAUGCCAGAUUUCGGGAGAAGAUCGGACGAAACGUCACGCUCGGCCGAUCCAGGCAAGUCUGUUUUCAUGGGAAUGCCACUGUUGUCGGGGAAAAAGCGAGGAAACCCUGUGUAUGUAGGUGUACCUGUCAUUGGAAAACGCUAA